AUGCCUCGCUGUUGUCUUGUUAGCCUUGAUGGGUUAUCAAGUUUUACAAAACUAGUAGAAUUAUACAUAGCUUUCAAUGGAGUGUCGGAUCUUAGUCCGUGUGCACUGUUGGACAAUAUUGAAGUAAUAGAUCUUGAGGGCAACCUGAUUGAAGAUAGAAGCAGUUUGUCAUACCUUCGUCUCUGUCACAAUCUUACUUCCCUUACUCUUGAAGGAAAUCCUUUCGUUACAAAACAUGGUGGGAAAGUGAGGUACAGAAAAGUUGUGAGAGAAGAACUACCACAGAUAACCACCCUUGAUGACAUUCCAAUACAGAAAAUUCCUGUUCCACAUUCAGGGGAAUAUGAUAUAACCAAGUUCGAUAGUGAAUGGGAGUAUAUAAACAUCCUCUUGAAAGAAAUUGGUCUACUAUCUGGUAAAGCGAAAACUAUUGUAGACGGAGAAAAGUCAGGAUAUCCUCUGGUCACUGGAGAGGCAAUAGAAGCGGGUCGUUCAACUUUAGGUCUAAGACCAACAUCAGCAUUGAAGCAGAAGUAUCAGAAAAACACUAUACAGUUUACUGAACCUAAGGAUGGUCAUAACACUCUGAAGCCUUCUAGAAGUUCGUCUGUAAUGAUGGAAAAGGGAGUUAACUCGGAUGAAGAAGAGCUUGUUUCUGAGCUUACAACGGGCAAAGUUAUAUGUGGAGGUAUUAGUACAGCACUGCGUCGUCGAAGAUUUUCACUCCAGACAGGUAAGAUUGAAAAAAUACAAUCAGCUUGUCUGAGAUUAGACAGUGAAAGUGUAACUAGUUCAGCUUUGGACAAGAGUUAUAUAUGCAGCUUGAAAGCAGGAAGUCCAACUCAGAAUGAACCUAGUGGCCAACAGACCAACAAUAUCAAAACAGUUUCGGACCAUGAAACAAUUACGAAUGAAGAAUUUAAUUUACGUAAGGAAUGUGAUAUCGUUUUGAAAGAACUCGCCGAAUGGAGAAAACUACACUCAGAAUCAAAACUACUUAACUCAUGUAAAAGUACGAAGAGAAGAAAGAACAAAAUUACAAAAACAGAUUUGAAAUUUCACACAGUCAUUUUAUCACCUGACAAUGAUGAAAAUACACCAGAUAAUCAUAUAGAUUUACAAGAGGAGUGCACUGAAGAUGUUAUCACAUCAGAUAAACCAUUAAAAAAUUGUAAUGAAAAACCAUAUACAACACAUACAAAGAAGCUUGCAAAUUCUAAUGAAAAUCAAAAUCAUAAAAAUACUGCACCGUUUGAAAUGUCAAACGAAAUCGACAAAAGUCAAGUUAAAAUUAAUCAAGUGGAUGUCGGUACAAGCCCAAUUAAUAAUCGAUCUGUUAAUAAUAAUCGUACACUAUCUGAAUUCUGUUCUUCAUCAUAUUCACUACAAUCAAUUAAUUCUGAUCUGAUCAACACAAAUUCAUCAUCUAUUUUUCCAAUUACAUCAAAUUGUUCUUCUAAUAGACAAAAGUUAAACGACUCACCAUCACAUGUUGAAUGCUUCUUCGAUGAACAAUUGAUUGUGGAGAAUGGGGAGAGUAGUACACAGGAUAUUCACAGUCAAAAAUUGUCAUUAAAAAAUAAUCAUCAUCACCAGGCACAACAUCAGCCCCAAAUAUCCAAGGUCAGCACUUUCAAAUCAUCUCAUACAAGUUCAACCAAUAGAAUCAAUCGAAAUGAAUCAGGGAAUAAAUUAGCUCUGAAAUUCACCAAGUCAUCUAACAGUACUAUACAACCAUUACCAUCCAAACCAUUAGUAAAACAUGCGAAUUAA